GAAACGGGGUCCACUGAACAUACUGGAGAACAGAGGGAAGAUGAAAAUCAACAGGAACGUGCCUGGAUACGGUUCCCAAGCGUGAAAAAUGUUUCCACUCUUGUAUGGAUUGUUGUGCUUCUGUGCGCUUGGCUGCGGUCAACUUGCGAGCUGCCAGCCUGACGACGGAAAGCGGUACAUCUGCCGGGCCAUCCCGAUCAGUGGCGAUGCCAGCUGCCCGGUGACACUGUUACCCGAACUGAACACCGGGGGCCAGGAAGAGGAGCUCAGAAACACCGUAAUGCAGCUACGGGAGACAAUCCUCCAGCAGAAAGAAACGAUCGCCAACCAGCUGGGUACCAUCAAUGAGCUGACCACCAAGCUCUCCCUCUGCGCCUCAGCCUCCGAGGAUGGGAAGUAUAAAAACGGAGCGUCCUGGGGCAAAGAUAAGCAAAACACAAUGGGGGACGUUCCCAGAGAUCCUAAUGACACCAUUGACAGUCUUGGGAAAACCAUGCAGGGGCUGAAAGACCGCCUGGAGAACCUGGAGCAACAGCAGAUGCGGGCCAACAGCUCGGGUGCCUCAUUCCCCAGCGAGCUCCGCGACCUGCUGCAGCGCCGGCUGGGUGAGCUGGAGAAGCAGCUGCUGAGGAAAGUCAGUAACCUAGAGGAGGAGAAGAGCAUGCUGUCCAAUGCCACAGCCGCCUAUAGGAUGAAGACAGAGAGCACGCUCAACGCCCUGGUGGAAAGGAUCAGUGAACUGGAGAAAGGCGGAGGAGACUUCAAGUCCCCAGAGCAGUUUAAGCUGUCUCUCCCGCUGCGUACCAACUACCUGUACGGCCGCAUUACCAAGAGCCUGCCGGAAAUGUACGCCUUCACCCUCUGCAUGUGGAUAAAGUCCAGCGCCACCAUCGGCAUUGGCACGCCUUUCUCUUACGGUGCAGCGGGGCAAGCAAAUGAGAUCGUGCUCAUCGAAUGGGGCAAUAACCCUAUUGAGUUACUGAUCAAUGACAAGGUGGCCCAGCUGCCUUUGGCGGUGCGUGACGGGAGGUGGCAUCACAUCUGCAUUGCCUGGACCACACGAGACGGCCAAUGGGAGGCUUACCAAGACGGGGAAAAGCUGGGUGGUGGAGACAACCUGGCUGCCUGGCAUCCAAUCAGACCUGGAGGAGUCAUCAUCCUGGGGCAGGAACAGGACGCAGUGGGCGGGCGCUUUGAUGCCGGGCAGGCGUUCGUGGGCGAGCUGAGUCAGGUGAACAUCUGGGACCGGGUUCUGAAGCCCGUCGAGAUCCAGACCAUGGCUAACUGCUCGGCAUACAUGCCUGGGAACAUUAUCUCCUGGCUAGCAAGCAACGUGGAGGUGUUCGGGAGAGGAGCCUUCAAACGGCCACUGGAGACGUGUCAGGACCGGCUGCCCAACGCUUAGAGUCACUCUCUCUCUUCGUCUCUCAUUUCAUUAGCUGUCAUUUCUAUCCAUUUGGCGUUUUCAUGUCUCUGCUCUGACUGUCAAGUGGUUGUUAUUGACUAUGUGUUAUUUACAGGUGUCUGAGAAAAAUCCGUGGUUUAAGCAGCUUAGCAUGCAGAGAAAUUUCACUUAUCAAUUCUGUAAGCCAGAUGCUGCGAACGGGAUCUCUCAAAAUGAAAUGCGUGCACUCACAUGACAUCAAGGCAUUCACUUAAGCUUCGACAAACACAUUUAUGGAUCUGUAGCGACGGACGAGGGAAUACACCAAAGUGCAAAAUGGUACAUGGACGCUAACACAUACACACUAUUGUGCAUACACACGUUCACAUGCACAGAGAUGUGUUACACAAGUACUUUGAUCCAAGGUAGCUGAGUAGUUAAAAACAUAUUCCAGCUGCACUAAUAGUUCCCAAGGCGCUUUAUUAGUCGCUGCAUGGCAACCAGAGAGCGAGGUAUUGAUUUUUUCCCCUUGUUUGCUCUUGGUUUUUGUUUUUAUCUAUGUUCGCUAUUUGAAGAAAACUUUGCAGUGAGUUUAUGCGCAUUGAUAGCCGCUGUGUAAAAGUCAUAAUACACAAGAGGGGCGUUCUGUACCAUGAUUGUUGGUAAUGGAGUGCUGACUGCAUUCAUUUCUGCCUCUUGGUUAUUGCAUCACUGUUACACCCGCCACGGUGAAGAAUGCAAUCUCAGACAUAAUUGCUA